AAAAAAACUCUGGUCUGGUCGACAAAGCGUCGGUUUGUUCUCUGCACCAAGAAAACAGUUUUCGGUGAGGAAAAAUACAUUAAAUCGCGAAAAAAACUGCAAAAUGGUCUCGCUUGGACCGAAAAAAGACGGUGGUCCCAAUUCUGACUUCUUCACGUCACCGGAAUCGCUGCAAGGUUUCGAAACGGUGCGACUAUGGCUACAGAAAAACUGCAAAAAGUACAUGGCACCGGAUCCACCUACCAAAGAAUCGUUGGCACAUUUAGUUAUUCAAUUUGUGCAGUACCAGGAAACGAAACUUGGUAAAAGUUCACAGGAACCUCCGACUACUCGUUUACCGAUGCGAUGCUUUAUGGAUUUUAAACCGGGUGGUUCGUUGUGUCACAUCUUAGCCACCAUGUACCGUUACAAAGCGGAGCAACGUUGGCGUAAAUUCGAUUUCACGGUAAACAAGAACCCAAUGCGAAAGGAUCCCGUCAUACAGAUGUUGCUAGAUAUGGAAACGGCCCUGAUCGAAGCCGAGUGCAUGCGGCUUCCGAUCGUGUACAUUCGGCCGGAGGUGGACAAAAGUACGGCGAACCGGAUUACCGAUAUCGUCACAAACCAUCAGGGGGAAAUGACGCCGGACGAGGAAGAAGCGACGCACAUUGUCUAUCCGGCGGUGGAUCCAUUUCCGGAGGAUUAUGCGCGACCGACGUUCCGCCGUGAUAAGCAUGUUAUGAUUCAUUGGUACUAUUUUCCGGAUUCCUAUGACACUUGGGUGCCAAAUACUUUUGAUUUACCGGACAAUAUUCCUGAUUGCCCACAAUCACCGGGUGACCGUUGGCGUGUGUCGGCUUCUUGGGUUACCGAUCUAGAGGAAUACAACGAAUGGAUGGCGGAGGAGGACUACGAAGUCGACGAAGUUGGUCGCAAGAAAAUUCAUAAGCUUCGUUUGGGAGUGGAGGAUUUGAUGUCCGGUGGUCCUGAUGAUAAGAUUAAAAAAUCCAAAGUUGUUCAUCAGAAGCGCAAACGAUCGCCUUCGCCACAAGCCAAGAGUGGUAAAAGGAAAAGCGGUCGUUCACCGGCCGUUUUCCAGAAGAAACCACGUGCCGAUGAUGAAGAGUCGGAAGACAUGACCAAGGAUAUGGACGAUCCUCAACCGGAGACGAACCUGACGGAGGUAAAGGCAAGUUCGAGUAAUUCGGCAUCCGGUCCUGCGACUCCGCAGCCAAAGCGAGAUCCCGAGAUGAUGCCGCUGAAGUACGCGACCAUGACCGAUCUGGAUGACGACAUCGAUCGGGCCAAUGCGGAACGGGGUGGUGAUGACAGUCAGGCCGGCAAGACAAGCGACAACAGCAACACUCAAGAGUUUCACGGAAAAGAUGAUCUCGAAGACAAUGUCACCGAACAAACGCAUCACAUUAUCGUACCGUCGUAUUCCGCUUGGUUCGAUUAUAACUCGAUUCACGUCGUUGAAAAGCGAGCACUGCCGGAGUUUUUCAACGGAAAAAAUAAAUCCAAAACACCGGAAAUCUUUUUGGCCUAUCGUAAUUUUAUGAUCGACACUUAUCGCCUGAAUCCAACGGAAUAUCUCACGAGUACGGCUUGUCGCCGGAAUCUGGCCGGCGAUGUGUGUGCGAUUAUGCGAGUGCACGCUUUCCUGGAGCAGUGGGGUCUGAUCAAUUAUCAAAUUGAUGCCGAUUCCCGGCCCACACCAAUGGGACCUCCACCGACAUCGCACUUCCACGUGCUGAGCGACACCCCUUCGGGACUGCAACCGCUGAACCCACCGAAGACGGCACAGCCUUCGGCAGCUAAAAAUUUACUCGAUUUGGAUAAGAAAAUGGACAAGAAGGAGGAUUCCCCGGCGGCGGUUUCGACUCCGUCUUCAACUGGCAUUUUGGACCCCAUCAAGUCCGAACCGGGUGCCAUCGGUGCCGAUCCUAACGGUCAGUUUGGUCUCCGAUUGGACCAGUAUGCCAAGAAACCGUCGGCUAUGCGUCACAAAACCGCUGCCAGCAUGUCACGUGAUUGGAACGAUCAGGAAACACUGCUGCUGCUGGAAGGACUCGAAAUGUACAAAGACGAUUGGAACAAAGUGUGCGAGCAUGUGGGAUCACGCACCCAGGAUGAAUGCAUACUACACUUCCUGAGACUGCCGAUCGAGGAUCCGUACUUGGAAGAUGACAGCACCUAUUUGGGACCGCUGUCCUACCAACCGAUCCCCUUCAGCAAGGCUGGCAAUCCAAUCAUGUCAACGGUGGCUUUCCUAGCGUCGGUUGUAGAUCCUCGGAUUGCCGCCAGUGCUGCCAAGGCAGCCAUGGAAGAAUUUGCCGCUAUUAAGGAUGAAGUUCCUGCCUCGAUGAUGGACGCCCAUCUGAAAAAUGUAGAGAAAUCAAACUUUGGAGGAAAAUUCGAUCCAUACGCUGGUCUGGCAACAAGCGGAAUCGCCGGUACCGGUCCGGACAAAGACAAGGAAGAGGAGGAGGGCAAAGCUUCGAACACCCCAGGAGGAGGGGGACCACCUUCCGGAACCGGAGCUCCAGCAACGCCCGGUUCGGUCGAUGCGGAAAUGAAAGAUCUCUCCAAAAAGGAUGAAGACAAAGAUAAAGAAACCGAUACAUCGGUAGAUAAACCGUCUCUGUCUGACGAAGGUACUAAAGAUUCUGAUUCUGAUGCUGCGGCAGGAAGUGACCAGGCGAAAACGACGGCAGAAGGCGCCGAUGCGGACAAAGGCAAAGAUAAGGAAGUUUAUUCCGAGCUUGCUAAAGAGAAUGGUGAUCCGAAAGUUUUCAACGAAGGAAAUCUCCAGUCGGCUGCCGCAGCUGCAUUGGCCGCGGCUGCCGUCAAGGCAAAACACUUGGCAGCGGUCGAGGAGCGGAAAAUCAAAAGUUUGGUGGCGUUGCUCGUCGAAACUCAGAUGAAGAAAUUGGAAAUCAAAUUACGACACUUUGAAGAGUUGGAAACAACGAUGGAACGUGAACGGGAAGGCCUGGAGUAUCAAAGGCAACAACUGAUUCAAGAACGUCAACAGUUUCAUCUGGAACAAUUGAAGGCAGCGGAAUUCCGUGCCCGUCAACAAGCACAUCAGCGUUUCCAGCUGGAGCAAGGCCAAUGGCAGCAAUCUCCGUUGGGUGGUGCAGCUGGAGUUCCACCACCCGGUGGGCUACCACCUGCACAACAGACCGCACAAGCACUUCCCCAAGGACCACCGGGACCAAGUCAGGGCCCAAUGCCAACCCCUGGAUCUAACCCUCAACAGCCGCCAUCAAUGCCAUCUUCCGGUGGGCAUCUUGGGGCGGUAGUUCCGAACAACAGCACCCCCAACAGCAACGGACUUAUUACUGUUCCCCCUACUUCGAUGCCUACCGACGGUCCCUCUCCAAAUAACAUUAUGCCUCCGACGGUGCCUGGACCACCGCUUUCUUCGCAGCCACCCCAGGGACCUCCACCGCCCCAACAUCAACAACCGCCGCCCCAUCCCGGUCAUCCUUCUGGCAUGGCAAUGCCUGGUUCCCACCACCAGCCACCAAUGCCGCAUCAUCCUCCUCCACCACCGCAGCAGCAGCAGCCGUCUUUACCUCCACAGCAGGCCUCACUUCCGCCAACCCAAGGACCACCGCCACCGGCCGGACCAGGAGGCGUACCAAUGCAAGGACCACCACAAGGUCCACCAGGGCAAGUGCCGCCACCCGUUGGCAGCGGACCUAUUCCUCCAUCUUCGACGUAAGACCUUAAGUUACAACAAUGGCGAAUCAAUACUUUUAACCAGAAAAAUAAUAUAUAUAAAGCUUGACAACACAAUUUGCAAACACUUAGCAUUCCUAUUGCUACGGUACUGUUCUGGUGAAUUGAAUCUUAGAGGUUGAAAAAAAAACUUCACCGCAGGACGUCGUAAAGUAUGCUUCUCGUAAUUAAACUAUAGUGUAUCCUUGUGACAUUUUGACCACAAACGAUUAUUUCGAUGUAGAAAACUGAUAGAAUAUCAUUUUUUUUGCGGUAUACAAUAAUUGUGGUGACAUCAUCAUUUAGGUAAUAGUGACGGUCUAUUCAGACGAAAUGAAUGUGUUUAAUUUUAAACGUACGCUACUAACAAUAAUACAUUUUUUAUUUUAGGUGUAGUGAACAAA